GUCGUGGUCAGGAGAUGCAAUCUUUGCUUCGACUGGCAGCAGUGGCAGUCCCUAUGGGUUUGCUGCUCUCCAGAACCAUGGCAUGGAUAUCCAGCGGCAAAACCCAUGCAGAACUUAUUAGCCGUUUACGAGAUCACGGAGUGAUACGUAGUGACCGAGUCUUUAAUGCAAUGCUUGCUACUGAUCGUGGGAUUUAUUCGAAAGACUACCCCUAUGCAGAUUCGCCUCAGUCCAUUGGUUACAAGGCCACCAUCAGUGCCCCGCACAUGCACGCUCAUGCUUUGGAGGUUCUCGGUGACAAGUUGACAGAGGGAUCAUCCGCGUUAGACGUGGGCUCGGGAAGUGGUUAUCUCACUGCUUGUUUUGCUAGGAUGGUAGGACCAUCUGGAAAAGUGGUGGGCAUUGAACACAUUGAUGAGCUUGUCCAGAGGUCUCUAAGGAAUGUCCAGGCCGAUGACCCAGAGCUGCUGUCCUCUGGACGGAUUAAACUAGUGGUGGGAGACGGACGGUUAGGAUACCCAGAGGGCGCUCCCUACGAUGCCAUUCAUGUAGGAGCAGCAGCACCCACAGUUCCCAAAGCUCUUCUGGAGCAGUUGAAGCCAGGUGGGAGGCUGGUUCUGCCGGUGGGUCCAGAGGGCGAGAGCCAAGUUCUAGAGCAAUAUGAUCGACAGAACGAUGGUACUUUCCUUAAGAAAGCUCUAAUGGGCGUGGUCUACGUUCCACUAACAGAUAAACAGCGGCAAUGGCCGGGGAGGUGGCGCUGGUGCUGCAGUUCAGGAAGCCCAUAGGCCCUUGUCCUCAGCCUGCUGCUUAGCAACCCACCUGUCAGCCCCCACCUCCUUCUGCACAUCUUACUGACUCAAACUGGUCUUCAGUUACACUAGUGCCUAGGUGUCGCGGACAAAUGAUGGCUAUAGUCAAAGAGUGUGAGGGCUUUGCUUUUUCUCACACUGGGGUUUGUUUAAAGGCGAAAAUUAUAAACAACAGUAAUAAUCUCGGUGUGUGUGUGUGUCACAAGCUUUCAUUUCAUAAUGGACUUAAAGCUACACAGAUGAAUUGAAAUUCACAAGUGUAAUAAGUGCUGUGAACUAACAGGGGAAAAGGGUAAUUGUCUGAUUAAUUGCUCGAUUGAUCGAAGAACCAGAGUAAGUGAUUCAUUAGUGAAUCAGUUGAUCGAGAUGUACAUUCUGUUUGUAACAGUUGUGUUUAUAUGAGCGUGUAAUGUAUGGAAGCUUGGAACAGUAUGACUGUAUAAUUUCAUUGUUUAAUAAA